UGUAGUUGCCAUUAGUGGAAGAGUUGGAGCGGGCUAACAGGCUGCUAUGUGAAGUCUGCGAGAGCGAGUGAUGAAAACAUGCCUCACUUCACCGUGGUGCCUGUGAGGGACCGAGCCGAGUCCAGCUACGACAGCCUAGAGGGGAUCAAUUGGGUGGAUCACAGGGAUUACCGGGACCAUCAGGACACUGUCAGCUCUGAUGGACACGGCAAUCACAAAGAAAACAGCCCAUUUCUCAGCAGUGACGAUGUUUCUGGCAGGAAGAACGACUACUAUGACAGGAACCUGGCCUUGUUCGAGGAAGAGCUGGACAUCCGGCCGAAAGUCUCCUCUCUGCUCAGCCGCCUGGUCAACUACACCAACAUCACCCAAGGAGCUAAAGAGCACGAGGAGGAGGAGAGCGCCGAGGUCUCGCGCAGGAAGACUCCCAAGUCUCCUAACAUGGGCACCCUGAUGGGCGUCUACCUGCCGUGCCUCCAGAACAUAUUUGGUGUCAUACUUUUUCUCCGACUGACCUGGAUCGUCGGGAUGGCCGGAAUCAUGCAGUCACUCCUGAUCGUCCUCAUGUGCUGCACUUGUACAAUGCUCACUGCCAUAUCGAUGAGUGCAAUUGCUACUAAUGGGGUCGUUCCAGCUGGAGGAGCCUAUUUCAUGAUCUCACGCUCACUGGGCCCAGAGUUUGGGGGUGCUGUGGGACUCUGCUUCUACCUUGGAACCACCUUUGCAUCUGCCAUGUACAUUUUGGGAGCCAUUGAAAUCUUCCUGAAAUACCUGGUUCCACAGGCGGCCAUCUUUCACGCCGCGGACCACCAUGGGACUGACAGCGCCAUGCUGAACAACAUGAGAGUGUACGGCUCCAUCUGCCUCAGCCUGAUGGCUGUGGUGGUUUUUGUCGGAGUGAAAUAUGUCAACAAGUUGGCCUCUCUGUUUCUGGCUUGUGUUAUUAUAUCCAUCGUAUCCAUCUACGCCGGAGCAAUCAAAUCUGCCACUCACCCUCCAGCAUUCCCGAUCUGCAUGCUGGGCAACAGGACUCUUGUCAGAGAUCGCUUCGAUGUUUGUGCCAAGACUGUCGUGAAGGGUAACGCGACGGUUCCCAGCCAGCUGUGGGACAUGUUCUGUCUCCCGGACAACUUGAGCAGCGCUCAGUGUGAUGACUACUUCCUACUGAACAACGUGACUGAGAUCCAGGGCAUCCCCGGACUGUCCAGCGGCAUCAUAAGAGACAACAUGUGGGGCAACUACCAAAAGAAGGGAGAGGUUCUUGAGAAGCCCGGACUUCAGUCUGUGGAGACUCACAGUGGCAUUGAGAACUUUGGCAUGUACGUAUCUGCGGACCUCGCCACUUCCUUCACUCUCCUGGUGGGCAUCUUCUUCCCCUCAGCCACAGGCAUCAUGGCAGGUUCUAACAGAUCAGGUGACCUCCGUGAUGCUCAGAAGUCUAUUCCAGUGGGAACCAUUUUAGCCAUCACCACCACGUCUCUCGUCUAUAUCAGUUCAGUGAUCUUGUUCGGAGCCUGUAUUGAAGGCGUCGUCCUGAGAGACAAGUACGGAGACGCAGUACGGAAUAAUUUGGUGGUGGGGACUCUCUCCUGGCCGUCGCCUUGGGUGAUAGUCAUCGGCUCCUUCUUCUCCACGGUGGGGGCCGGACUGCAGUCACUGACUGGAGCUCCACGUCUGCUCCAGGCCAUUGCCAAGGACAAUAUCAUCCCCUUCCUCAGGGUAUUUGGUCACGGGAAGGCCAACGGAGAGCCCACGUGGGCGCUGCUGCUCACAGGCCUCAUAGCCGAGCUGGGAAUCCUCAUCGCCUCUCUGGACAUGGUGGCGCCCAUUCUUUCUAUGUUCUUUUUAAUGUGCUACCUCUUUGUGAACCUGGCUUGCGCCGUGCAGACGCUCUUACGCACCCCGAACUGGAGGCCGAGAUUCAGAUAUUACCACUGGGCUCUGUCCUUCCUUGGCAUGAGCAUGUGCUUGGCCCUGAUGUUCAUCUCUUCCUGGUACUACGCUAUUGUAGCCAUGGGAAUUGCCGGGAUGAUCUACAAGUACAUCGAGUACCAGGGAGCCGAGAAAGAGUGGGGAGAUGGAAUUCGAGGACUAUCCCUCAGUGCGGCACGCUACGCCUUGUUACGACUCGAGGUGGGACCGCCACACACCAAGAACUGGAGACCUCAGCUGCUGGUGCUGCUGAAGCUGGAUGAAGACCUGCACGUGAAAUAUCCCCGCAUGCUGACCUUCGCCUCCCAGUUGAAGGCUGGAAAGGGUCUGACCAUCGUGGGCUCUGUUGUCCAGGGAAACUUCUUGGAGAGCUACGGGGAAAUGCAGGCGGCUGAGCAGGCCAUUAAAAAUAUGAUGGACAUAGAGCGGGUGAAAGGCUUCUGCCAGGUUGUGGUGGCGUCUAAGGUGCGUGAGGGCAUUGUUCAUCUGAUCCAGUCCUGUGGUUUGGGUGGCAUGAAGCACAACACCGUGGUGAUGGGAUGGCCGUACGGCUGGAGGCAGAGCGAAGACCCUCGCGCCUGGAAGACCUUCAUUAACACUGUCCGCUGCACCACAGCAGCACAUCUGGCUCUGAUGGUCCCCAAGAACGUCUCGUUCUAUCCGAGCAACCACGAACGCUUCACAGAUGGAAACAUUGACGUGUGGUGGAUCGUCCACGACGGAGGGAUGCUGAUGCUGCUGCCGUUCCUCCUCAGACAGCAUAAAGUCUGGAGGAAAUGCAGAAUGCGGAUUUUCACCGUGGCCCAAAUGGAUGACAACAGCAUCCAGAUGAAGAAAGAUCUGGCCACGUUUCUUUACCAGCUGAGAAUUGAGGCUGAGGUGGAGGUCGUUGAGAUGCACGACAGCGACAUCUCAGCCUACACGUACGAGCGGACGCUAAUGAUGGAGCAGAGGUCACAAAUGCUGCGCCAAAUGAGGCUGUCCAGCGCGGAGCGGCAGAGAGAAGCGCAGCUGGUGAAGGACCGACACUCCCUAGUGAGAAUGGGGAGUCUGUACUCAGACGAGGAAGAGGAGAUCGUCGACGCCCCUCCGCAGAAAGUCCAGAUGACCUGGACAAAAGAGAGAUGCGAGGCAGAGAAAAGCAACAACAGAAACGCUCCGGAAAACUUCAGAGAACUCAUCAGUCUCAAGCCGGAUCAGUCCAACGUGCGCAGAAUGCACACGGCUGUCAAGCUGAACGAGGUCAUCGUCAACAAAUCCCAUGAUGCUCGCCUGGUUCUGCUCAACAUGCCCGGACCACCGCGAAACGCAGACGGAGAUGAGAACUAUAUGGAGUUUCUAGAAGUGCUGACGGAAGGAUUGGAACGGGUGCUGCUGGUCCGCGGUGGAGGCCGUGAAGUCAUCACCAUCUACUCGUGACCGCGCCUUCGAGGUCUUCUUCAACUGUCUCACUUUGACCAAACAUCAGAUAUUUUUUACGCGAAGUAGAUUCUUAUCGUGGAUUAUCAGACACAUUGAAGCGCAUAUCUCGUCGAGUGUAACACCUUAAAGCUUUUAGAGUUUUAGUUCUCAACUAAACAUGCCAGUGGACGAACGCUUCAGUUCAUUAUUUAUUUAUUUAUUUCCAGCGGAGGAAGUCGAUGAAGAGCUGUCUGUUUACGUGCGAGUCACUGUUGUGUAAUUUAUCAUUGAGGAAUGACACGUUACAUUUUGUCCAGUUUUGAAAGCCGGAAGGCUUUUAAGGUGAUGUAAGAAAUUUUUGAAUCUUUUUAAAUCGAAAGAUGACGACGUGCAGUUUUAGAACAAGACUCGCUACACUGAGAAUCUAUUUAAUUAGUCUUUUACAAUGAUUCGUUUUGAAACGGUUGGAUUUUUGUACAUUUUUAUUGUGUUUUUAUGCUGCUAGGUGAAAAUAAAUCCAAAUAUUU